UGCGCGCCCCCGCGCUACCCCGCGCGCUCGGGCCCCUCCGCGCGUGGGCGUGGGCGGGGAGUGUGCCAGCGCGCGCGCGCGCGCGCGUGUAUGCUCCCGCCGCCUUGCCGUGCGUGCACGCGCAGGUAUGUCCACGCCUCCCCCGUGCGCACGCGCGGGGCGGGACCCCCCCCUCAUUCCCUCCCUUUCCCCCCCCUCCCCGCAGGUGCCCGGUGCGGGGAGGGGUGGGGUGGGGGGAGCGCGAUGUGCGGGGGGGAUGUGCGCAGCUCCUUUAAGGGGAGUGCCCGGAAGGGCGCGCGCCCCGCCCGGCCACGCCCCCGCCCCGCAGCGCACCGGUCACCGGUGGGGCGCGGUCGUGCGGCGGAGCCGGUGCGGGACAUGGCGCGGUGCUGCCGGCUGCUGCUGCCGCCGCUGCCGGAGCUGCUCCCCGCGCUGCUCCCCGCGCUGCUCCCCGCACUCCUCCCCGCGCUCCUCCCCGCGCUGCUCCCCGCGCUGCUCCCCGCACUCCUCCCCGCCGCCGCCUUCAACCUGGACCGCACCUUCCCGGUGCUCAAGGAGGGCGCGACCCCCGACGGCUUCUUCGGCUUCUCGGUAGCGCUGCACCGCCAGACCGAGCGGCGGGAGCGGUGCCUGCUGCUGGUGGGGGCCCCCCGAGAUGUCGGGCCAGCGAACGGCACGCGAACGGGCGCCGUCUACGCCUGCCCCCUCACCGUCUUCACAAGCGACUGCCAGCGGCUCGACAUCGAGUUGAAAAGUGAGCCAGACAAGGCCAUCAUCGAUGACAUGUGGCUGGGGGUGACGGUGGCCAGCCAGCGGCAGCCGGCGGGGAGGGUGCUGGCCUGCGCUCACCGCUACACCAAGGUGCUGUGGUCGGGCAGCGAGGACCAGCGGCGCAUGGUGGGCAAGUGCUACGUGCGGGGCAACGACCUGCGCCUCAACCUCAGCGACGAGUGGCAGACCUACCACAACGAGAUGUGCAACUCCAACACGGACACCGACGAGACCGGCAUGUGCCAGAUGGGCACCAGCGCCGGCUUCACCGCCAACAUCAUCUAUUUCGGGGCGCCCGGUGCCUAUAACUGGCAAGGUACCGACUACAUGCUGCAGCGGGAGAUGUGGGACCUGCAUGACUUCUCCUACCCCAACGUGAAGAAUGGCAAUACCUAUAUAGGGUACACGGCGGAGGUGGGCAGCGCGGUGCUGCAGCAGGACGCCGUGACGGUGGUGACGGGCGCUCCCCGGUACAAGCACACGGGCGCCGUGUACCUGCUGAGCCGCAGCCCCCAGCAGAUGCUGCAGAGGAGCCUCCUCCUCCCCGGCCACCAGGUCGGCUCCUACUUCGGCAGCGCUGUGGCCCUGGCAGACCUCAACAACGACGGGUGGCAGGACCUGGUGGUGGGAGCCCCCUACUACUUCCAGCGGAAACAGGAGGUGGGGGGUGCCGUCUAUGUCUACAUGAACGAGGUGGGCGACUUCCAGCCCCAGCCCAGCCUGGUCCUCACCGGCCCCAGCUACUCCGCCUUCGGCUUUGCCGUGGCCAGCAUCGGGGAUGUCAACCAGGACGGCUUCCAGGAUAUCGCUGUGGGGGCUCCUUUCGAGGGGCCCGGCAAGGUCUACAUCUACCACAGCAGCGCAGAAGGGCUGCUGGACAAACCCCGGCAGGUGAUCAGCGGGUCGGAUCUGGGCCCCGCCAGCAUGCAGACCUUCGGGUACUCGCUGAGCGGGGGGCUGGACGUGGACGGUAACUCCUACCCCGACCUCCUGGUGGGCAGCUUGGCGGAGAGGGUCGUCCUGCUCAGAGCUCGGCCCGUGAUCAACAUCUUGAACAAGACCUUCACAGUGACCCCCAGCAAGGUGGACCCUGCCCGGUGCACGCCCGACUCCUGUAUCACAGUGACCGUCUGCUUCUCCUACAACCAGAGCGCUGGAGACCCCAAGUACAAGGAGAAGAUCACCCUGGAGUACAUCCUGGAGGCUGACAAGGACCGGCACCCCCCCAGGGUCAGGUUUUUGGGGACCCACUCCGCUACCUACCGCGGCAUCUUCCCCAUGCCCGAGACCCGCUGUGAAUCCAAGGAGCUCCUGCUGCUGGACAACAUCCGAGACAAGCUGCACCCCAUCGUGCUCUCCAUAAACUACUCAUUGGUGGAGAAGCCCAGGAGCUUCCAGCUGGGUCCCCGCUCCCUCGACGCUUUCCCCGUCCUCAACCAGGACCAGUUGCAUGAGAACGAGACCAAGAUCGAGUUCCAGAAGGAGUGUGGCUCCGACAACAAGUGCUACAGCAACCUCCAGCUCCAGAGCAGCUUCGUCACCGACCAGAACCAGCCCCUGCCCAGGGUGAACGGUACCCAGGUGCUGCAGUACAGCCGGGAUGUGCGGAAGCUCUACCUGAGCAUCAACAUCACCAACGUGCCCACCACCUCCUCCAACGGCGAGGAUGCCCACGAGGCGCUGCUCAACGUCACGGUGCCGGCCAGCCUGCUGCCCUCCUCCGUCCGCCCGAGCGGAGCCUGUACCUUUGCGGAGACGGUGCUUUGUGAGCUGGGCAACCCUUUUAAGAGGAACCAGAGGGCAGAGCUGAUCAUCACCUUCGAGGCCAUUAGGAUCAUGCUGGACACACAGGAGGUCUUGGUGUGGCUGGACCUGUCCACGCAAAGCACCCAGGAGGACCUGCAGCCCGUGCUGGCCAAGCUGCUGGUGGACUAUAGCAUCCAGUCCUCACUGACCAUAGACUCUUCCCACGCCCAGUCGCACUUCAGCGGGAAGGUGGUGGGCGAGUCGGCCAUGCAGAGAGAGCAGGACGUGGGCAGCCCCCUCACCUUCGAGUUCAAGGUGACCACCAGGGAUGAGUUGCUGGGCUCCCUGGGCACCAUCCUGCUGGGCUUCGAGUGGCCCUACGAGAUCCCCAAUGGCAAAUGGCUCCUCUACCCCACCAAGAUCCUCGACCUCGACAAUAACGAGACCUGCCACCCCCCCGGGGGGGUCAUUAACCCCCUCAACCUCACCCUGCUGGAGGACCAGGCUCCGUCCCGGCAGAGGCGGGAGCUGGAGGCCCCCGAGCCAGCGGAGCACCCCAUCACCCUGGCCACCGCCAGGAAAGCCGAGUCGGAGGUGGUGCUGAGCUGCUCCAAGGGCACCGCUCGCUGCAUCUGGUUCGAGUGCCCCGUCCUCCACACCCAGCACUCCACCACCUUCAGGAUCUACGCCCGGGUGUGGAACAGCACCUUCAUCGAGGAGUACAGGAGUUUUGACCGGGUGAAGGUGGACGGCACAGCGACGCUCUUUCUCCGGACCCACGUCCCCACCAUCAACAUGAGGAACCACACGGUGUGGUUCUCCGUGGACGUGGACUCGGAGCUGACGGAGGAGCAGCCGGCCAAGAUCACGCUGUGGCUGGUGCUGGUGGCGGUGGCGGCCGGGCUGCUGCUGCUGGGGCUGAUCAUCCUCCUGCUCUGGAAGUGCGACUUCUUCCAGCGGACCCGCUACUACCGGAUCAUGCCCAAGUACCACGCCGUGAGGAUCCGGCAGGAGCAGCGCUACCAGCCCAGCGGCCUCCUGCCCCGACCGCGCAAGAAACACUGGGUGACCAAGUGGCAGGAGCCGGAGAAGUACUACUGACCCCCCCGCCCGCCCCCCACCCCGGCCCCCACGCGAGGGGAGCACAAGGGCCGGUGUUUGACUUUGCACAAGCGCAUCUCUCCCUGCCCCGAUCCCCCUCGGACGCAGCCGCAUCCCGGCGCUGGCUUCUGCGUGCUCCUGUCCGCUUUCCCGAGCUCGCCCGGUGCCCAGCCCGGCUCUUGCUCGCUCGUGCCUUGCACGCUCGUGGGGAUGAGCCCCAAAUGUGCCACCUGCCCCCCAGCCCCCCUGACGCGACCACUGGUCUCAUGAGUGCCUUCCCCCCUGCCGCGCAGACACUCCUCCGGCCGGGUCCUGCACGGGUCCUUGCACGUCCUCGCACGCUGGGACACGCUCACAUCCCCCCGUGCAUCCCCCUUCCCUCGACGCUGGGUGUGGGACCCCCCUCAGCUUUCGCCAAGGCUACAUGUGAUGGUGGGAAUGGGGACGGUGGGAGCUUGUUCCUUCCUCCCCUGCCUCCUCCUCCCCCCGCCCAAAGCAGUGCAGGGGCCUGAUCCUGCAUGUUGACCUCCCCCCAGCCUGCAUCAGACGCAGCUGUGGGUUGGGGGUAGGGGGUGCAGAGCAUGAGGCUGUGUCCCCCACCCCACAGCCGUGUCUUGGGGGUCUGUCCCACCCCCACGGACGCUGCCCUGUGGGUUAAGUUAUUCUGUGUCUCUUGUUGGCGUUUUGGUGUAGAGCUCCGGAGCGCGGUUGGUACUGGGCAGGUGAGGGGAUCUCGUAUCCCCAGACCCCCUGCCCCCGCCCCCCCCCCCACCCCCCAGGGCCCAAUAAAGCCUCGCUCUGGGAUUUGUAA